AUGCAAAUCUUCAUUCGAGGAAAAUGGUAUGUCUUCGGUCCUGAUAUGAUAAAUGAAUAUUAUGGUUUGAAAGCAGUGCACGAAGAAGCAAUCACGGACUGGGAUUUAGUGGCAAAGACCCUCACAGGUGGACAGACUUAUACAUGGCCUACUGGUGAAAAGGAUUAUCUACCUAGCUCUCAGCUCACCUCCAAAUAUGUCAUCUUACAUUGUCUUUCUCUUCACAACUGGCUUCUAUCGGCUCAUUUUCAUACGAUUGGCAAGCAAUUGGCAGGUCUAUUGUUUCAGAUUGGAACAAAAAUGGCGAUUGACUUGGGAGCCUGGAUUUAUUAUCAUAUUCUCACCUUAAUCAAUCCACGAGAGCAGAAGGUAAGGUUUCCCUUCCCUAAUCUGAUUUUUGGAGUUCUAACAACUCAGGUCCUUGAGCCAAUGCCUAGUGAGGUGAUCAGUCCGACUCUGCUCUAUACUGUUGAUCGUCAACUUUUGACUGGAGACCAUAUUUGUGAUGUUACACCGGUGAUUGCUCCCUCCAAUUCUGAAGCUGAUACAGUGGCUGAUGAUUCGCCGCAUGCAAGGGAUCUCCAACUUUCUAUUCAGUUGAAGGCAAGGGUCUCUGAGCUUGAGACUGUUCACGGCACAAUUGCGAAACAGCUGACAGGGGCUCGUACUGAAUUGGCCACCGUUCUUCUUCAUUUAAGCUUGUCUGAAUCUGCUGGUGCUGAACCUGCUAAGUCUGACAGUGAGACUCCCUCCAAUGCUUGA